AUGGACAAAGAUAACGAGGACAAUAGUUCGUCUCAAUCUCACAAAACUGACUCCGAUGAUUCUAACCUGAGCAAUGUAUCCUCCGUAUACUCAGACGACGACCCCUUGGACAUGUUAGAGCACGAGUCUUAUAAAAGUUACAGCGAUAAUUCCAUGUCCGAGUACGAAAAUUCCGACGACAGUAUGCUAGAAGAGAACAACAACGACCCUAACAAUAAUAUGAGCGAUGAAAAUCUGGAGGGGCGCGAUCCCUCUAGCCCUCAGCCAGGCUGCAGUCGGCAUUUUGAUUCCAUUGAGAAUGGUCAUGCCAAUUCUCUCGCUAGUAAAUUAACCAGUGAACAGAUUAGCGGGAUAGCUGAGAACAUUUUACAAGCUAUAACUAAACUCCUUGGCUCUGUAACCCACGAGAGCAUCGUCGAGGCCAUUCAGAAGAAUAUUACAACCGGGAAUAAUAAAUUAUCCUUGCAAGAUUUAUUACCAAGUGAAUUUAACCUUGAGGUUACCAGAAAACGUCGCAACAGUCAAGAUGUUUCCGGCGUUGAUAUGAAGAAAUCUCGGGGCAAUAGUACAACUCCAGGGUCACCAGUACUCGCUGGAUUCCUUGCAGGUAAUCCAAUUAAUAUUGAUAAUCUCCAAGAGAUGCCAAAGUAUCAUCCUGUAGAAACUUUAACAAAUAAUAAUAAUCCAAAUCCGGUUGCUAAUGUUGAUAAAACAAAUUAUUCUCUACCAGCUGUAAAUAUUUUACCAUCUACACCUUUAAAUAACCCCGUUAAUUUACCAUUACAACGCCCGGCACCAAUUAAUAACGGAAUAAUAAUUCCAGUGCGUAAAAAUAUAGUCGCUCAAGCAACUACUAAAUUCACUGUUUCCGAUUCUGGUGAAAGAAUCCUAAACCGCGUGCCAGAUUCUAAACCUUCUACAGUUACUAGUAAAGCUCAAGUACAUAUGUUAAAACAACAAUUCCUCCAGCAUCAAUUGCAACAACAAAAAUUCCAACAACAAUUGCACCAACCACAAUUACAGCAUCAAAAUUUACACCGAGUAUACUUUAACGAUAUUAUUAAUUCCAAGUCUGCAACUGUUGGCUCAAAUGCAAAUGCCAAUGCAAACGACAGGCAAAAAAAUGUCGAUGAUUAUUUUGCUGAAUUGCGUAGAACAAAGCUUAAGUUAACGAUGGAAAAAGCUAAAUUACAACAGCAUUCUCAUACUGUAAAAAAUAAUCACGUGGUGAUUAAUCAGCCAGUACUAGUGCCUCCAAAAAAAAAUGAUGCACAGGAAGCUGCUGGGUCGGCAAUGGUUAGCAGUAAAUAUGAUCAGGUUCAGUUAAAUCCGAGCACUUCGAAUGCAGGAAGCAGCAAAGUUUGUGAAGAAAUUUACCAAAAAUUAAGAGCAAUGUUUCCGGAUAUUGACAGAGAGUAUAUUAAGACCUUCUGUCCGGCGGACUGGGCACCAGGAACUAGCCAUGACGUCCAGUUUGGAAGCAUUGUCGAGAGAAUUUUACAAAAUGAGGCUUCCUGGGUGAUUGAUGUUCAUCCUACUAAUUUCAUGAUUCAAGAGGCUGCUGAAAAUGAUCGAUUGACUCCGAAUGUUGAUGAUACUUAUGAGUAUCUUACGGGAAUUUUUCCGAAUGCAGACCCGCAUUUUUUGAGGAGCGCUGCCGAGGAAUUUAAAAAUGAGAAUGAUGUUAAGACUUUUGUGGAUGAAAAAUUGAAGAGCCAUGAUUAUCCAACUCGCGAGCAAUACUUGGCUAAGAUCAAGGUCACUGAAGAACAGCAGCGGUACACGAAGAAUUUUAAUGUUGAGCAGUUUCUCAGAUUGAUUCCUGAUCCGUUUAAACACUUUGAGGAUAAUAAGAGGAAGUGCGAGUACAGUUUGAUUGUCCUUGAGUUCUUGAAGAAUUACAACAAUAGUCCUGUUAAUGUGAAGCUGACAAAUAUUAUUGUUACAGGUAACAAAACAGACACCUAG